AUGGAAAGGCCAAGUCUAUUCAAAGUGCCACCUGGUGCUGUUGCCCAUGUCAAAAUUAUUGACACAACAUCAAAAAUCAACAACUUGGAGGCUAAAUAUCUUAUGGAACCUCCGAUUCCAGGUUUCAAGCAUUUCCCCGAGUUGCCAUCUUGGUCCUUUCUGAUUGAGAGUGGCACUGGUUGCAAAUCCCUCUUUGAUCUCGGAGUUCCCAAAGACUGGCGGAAAAUGGCUCCCGCCAGUAUUGAACAUAUUGGUCCGCUAGGGUGGCAGGUGGAGGUUGACCACGAUGUUUCCGAAAUUCUGCAGCAGAAUGAUUAUAAACUCGAUUCGAUUGAUAGCAUUAUUUGGAGCCAUUGGCAUUGGGAUCAUAUAGGUGAUCCGUCGACUUUUCUCGUAUCCACCGAACUGGUGGUAGGACCAGGAUUCAAGAACAACUUCAUGCCCGGGUACCCUACAAAAUCAGAUGCACUGCUGCGGGAUAGCUAUUUUCGCGAUCGAGAAGUAAGGGAAAUUGAUUUUGAAAACGGCCAAGGCUUGCAAAUUGGUGACUUCAAAGCAAUCGAUUUCUGGGGAGACGGUUCUUUCUACCUCCUUGAUACUCCAGGUCAUGCUAUCGGGCAUUUAUGUGGCUUGGUUAGAACCACGUCGAACCCGGAUACAUUUAUAUUCAUGGGAGGAGAUCUUUGCCAUCACGGUGCCGAGAUACGGCCCUCGGAGUAUGUCCAGAUACCUAAAGAUCUAACGCCGAAUCCUUUUACACGAGCAUUACAGCCACCUUGCCCUGGUGCAGCUUUUGAAAAAGUCCAAAGAGCAAGAGGAAUGGGUUUGACAGAACCAUUCUGCAACCCAGCGACGGCGUUUGAUCUUCCAGAGGCCAUUCAAUCAAUUCGAAAAGCCCAGAAAGCAGACGCAGAAGAUAACGUUCUUUUUAUUUAUGCACACGACACCACAGUGCGAGGGGUUAUGGAGUUGUUUCCCAAGAAGGCAAAUGAUUGGCAGAAUCGAGGUUGCCGGGAAAAGAUGUUUUGGGCCUUUCUUGGAGAUUUUGAAGAAGCGUUCCGCCAACAGUCCUAG